GCACUUCCAAGGUCGUCGUUGAACUACGCGCAACAAUCAGGUGUGGUGUGCUCCCUCGGGCGAUGGCACGGUGGUGGAUGAAGCGAAGAACGGGUGAGACUUGGGAAGAUUUGUGGGUGUGCAAUGAUGCUACAGACGAGUAUUUCCCGGAGAAGCUUCACAUGCCACGCAGAUUUCUCAUGGAGAUCACGGAAGAGUGUGCACCUUAUCUGCAACGACGGGCGACGUUCUACAGGGAGCCACUUCAGCCCGAGCAAAUCGUCGCCGAGCGAAAUAUAUGACAACAACACAUCAUCAUUCGGCAUCGGCAGAGCUUCGGGACUCGUCGCCGUUCGCGAUAUUACUGCCACUUUGUUGAGGGUGUACGCGGACAAGAUAUUGUGGUCAGCGCGGGUGCGGAAACACAUAGUGCUUCAGGCGUUCGCUGACAAGGGCUUCCCCAACUGCCACGGAGCGGUGGACUGCACACACAUCUACGUUGACAAACCUGCGAAUGCUCCAGAACUACAAUUUGCAAGCAUCGGUUCUCCAUCAUUAGGCAGGUGGUGGUCGACCUCGUUUGCGUGUGCUCGAUGUGUUCGUCAGAUAUUCAGGGAGCUGCCACAACAUCAGGGUCAUCCAACUGUCAAGUUUGUGGAGGCGCACACAAGAGGGGUUGUUGUGUUUCGCGGGCCUCCCGUUACGCUGUCGGGCGGGGUGAAGAUGAAUGGAUGCAUCCUUGGCGACAAUGUGUAUCCUCAGUGGGCAUGGGUAGUGGUGUCGUAUGGAGGGAUCAAUCAGCACCCCGAUGAAGAGUUGUUUGACACGAAACAAAAGGUCGCCAGAGGAGCUGUGGAGAGGGCGUUUGGAAGGCUGAAGGGGAUGUGGAGACUGUAUUUGCGCACGCACAAGACGAACCUGGACACUCUGCCGCAGAAGCUCACUGCAGUCUGCAUUCUGCACAACAUCCUUCUCAACGCACGAAUCGACUUCGAGGAGAAUCUUAUGUGGGAAAUCAAUGAGAACGGAGUGCGGCGCCGAGUGGACCUCGACAUUCGUCGCCCGCCACAGCCGGUGGCAAUGAGGACGUCGACGGACAGGGCAUACGAGUUGCGCAAUGCCUUGGCGUCGUUGGUGGAGCGCAUGAAACACAUGUGAUUAGCCGUCGUGCUUGGACAUGUUGCGGCACCUGGUUGAAUUGUCCCGUGUUUCACCUCACAUUUCACAUUUGUCCAAUGUC